GAAAAGGGAACAGUAGGUGGCGGAAUGAGCCCAUAGUACGGAAAACGCCAAUUCUCCAAAGAAGAAGAAGAAGGAAGAAGACGGGAAAGAGAUUUCUGCACAAGAGUCAUGCAGAACUUGUAGAGUUAACCAGUCCUUGACAGCCUCUUCAAACUCUUCUGUGAUCAUGAAGCAGAAGAAAACUGCUCGCAGCCAGUCAAGAAAAGUUUUGUUCAAAAAAACUUAAACCCACAAGGAUGGGAGAAAUCAGUGUAGACGGAGCCGAAAUGACAGAGCCUCCAGUUGCAAAUACAGCCAUUAAGAGUGAAAAGAAGACAGAGGGAAACUCUUUCUUUAGCUGGCUGUUGGUGCUCGCUCUUCUGGGCGCUUGGUUGUCUGUGGGUGUCGUGUGGUUUGACCUCGUUGACUACAACCGUGUGCUUGGCACACUUGGAGGAGUAUAUGAUGCUGAUGGCGAUGGAGACUUUGAUGUAGAAGAUGCCAAAGUUUUGUUGGGUCUGACUGAGAAGCCUGUUAUGGUGGCAUCAAGCGAGAACCCCUUAGAAGAAAAAGAAUUAAAUGCAGAAUUUCUGCCCAGUGAAAACAAAGACUCCACAACACACUCUCCACCCAAUGCUGAACCAUCAUUAGAGUUCACAAAGCAAAAUUCACCACCUGCAUCUCAACCUGUGCUUGACUCCGUCUCCACACCUGAAUCUGUUCCUGAGACAAAAGAACCAGCGGUAGAGUCCAACGUAGAAAAAGAAGCCAAAAAGAAGAAACCAAAACUUCUUAAUAAAUUUGACCAAACAAUCAAAUCUGAGAUCAACGCUGCAGAGAAAUUACGCAAGAAGGGCAAAGUUGAGGAAUCUCUCCGCGCUUUUGAAGCUCUUGUCCAGAAAUUCCCACAUAGUCCGAGGUGCCGAUACGGCAAAGCCCAGGCAGAAGAUGAUUUGGCAGAGAAGAUGCGCAGUAAUGAGAUGCUGCUGAAGGCAGUGAACACGUACAGAGAAGCAUCUGAGCUCCCAGACACACCACCUGACCUCAUCAAAGCCACAUUAAAGAGAUGUGCAGACAGACAGCAGUUCUUAGGUCGAACAAGGGGAUCUUUAGCUACUUUGGAGAAGCUAGUUCAGAUUUUCCCAGAAGACAUCAGCUUAAAGAAUGACUUGGGAGUGGCACAUCUGCUCCUGGGUGACAACAAGAGUGCGAAACGAAUAUAUGAGGAGGUUUUAGCUGGAGCUCCACAUGAUGGAUUUGCUAAAGUGCAUUACGGGUUCAUACUUAAAUCUGAAAACAAGAUCGCAGAGAGCAUACCGUACCUGAGGGAGGGUUUAGAGUCCGGAGAGCCAGGAACUGAUGACGGGAGGUUUUACUUCCAUCUCGGAGAUGCUUUACAGAGAACAGGAGACAAGAGUGCGUAUGACUGGUACGAGGCGGGGCACCGGCGGGGUCACUUUGCCUCCGUAUGGCAGAGAUCUCUGUAUAAUGUCCCCGGGCUCCGAGCUCAACCCUGGUGGACGGCGGAAGAGACCGGAUAUACUGAUUUAGUCAAGGCGUUGGAACGUAACUGGAUGACCAUUCGAGAUGAAGCGCUGUCAGUGUUAGACGGCAACAGUGGACAGUUCUUGCCAGAAGAUGAAAAUCUGAGAGAGAAAGGAGACUGGGGCCAGUUUACACUGUGGCAGCAGGGUCGAAAGAAUCCUUCUGCGUGUCGCAGUGUCCCUAAAACCUGUGCAUUUCUGGAACGUUACACAGAAGCCACUAGCUGCAAAAGAGGCCAGAUCAAAUUCUCAGUAAUGCAGUCUGGAACUCAUGUCUGGCCUCACACCGGACCCACGAACUGUCGUCUGCGGAUGCAUCUCGGCCUCAUCAUCCCUCCGACGGGAUGCAGGAUUCGCUGUACAAACCAAACCAGGGAGUGGGAAGAAGGAAAAGUAUUAAUAUUUGAUGACUCAUUUGAGCAUGAAGUCUGGCAGGAAGCAGAAAGCUUCAGACUCAUCUUCAUCGUGGACGUCUGGCACCCAGAGCUCAGCCAAUCACAGAGGCAGACUCUCUCACCCAUAUAGAAGAUGCGUCCAAUCACAGAGCUUUGAAAAGUAGGUCAACAGCCAAUCGGAGUGACAGAUCCAGUCGCAGUUUUCAUAAACCACAAAUAUCUAAGGCAAUGUGAAUGUGUACGUUUUAUGAAUCAUAUUGUUUUGAGUUGUGAGUAAUAUGAGUGUGAUUUUUAAAGAACGUAGUGAAAAAGGACAUUUCACCUAAUAUUCAAGAUCUUUAUUUAGGUAAAGCAAAUAUGAUUCAGAAGGAUGUUUUUAGGGCUCAGCAGUAAAAUUAAACACACAGUGUACAUUUUGAGAUCCAUAGAUUAGGUUAGAUUGAAGGGUUACUUUUAAUAAAGUUAUGGGACCAAUUAAGAGAUCAGAAUAUGAGAGAAUUUUGAUCCAGAGUUGUAUUUGCUGUUUCUUACAGAAAAACUGAGACUUGCGUCACUUUUUAUGAAGUUAUAGAUAUGAUUGAACAUUGCACUGUAUUGUUCGUGUGUGUGUGUGCAGAUGAACACAUUAAUGAUCAGGUGUGUUAGUUAAGAGAUAAAAACAUCACUUUGUGCCUUUUCCAAACUUAUAAACUAUUCCAUUAAGGUCAAGAACAUGAUCAGGGCCUCAAAAGAAGUAAAUAUGAUGAUGUAUUUUGCAUAAUGCAUUUUUUCUUUUCUUUUUGGGUGAAAUGUGACCUGGAAAUGUUCAGAUUCAUCCAAAGCACGUGUUUUAAUAACACUAAAGAUUCCACAUGAUUUUUGUAUUCGUACAUGUUUGUUUACAUGAUUUCAACAUAAUAAAAAUAAUAAAACACUAAUCAAAAUAAUAGAUCUGUUCAAAGGCACUCUGGGUUCCAGUGUAUUCAGGUUUGUAGUUGUAGAUCAAGGCUUUCUUCUCUUCCUCCACACUGGCAAAGCUGUGAAAACUCUUCCUCGCUGUAAAAACAACAGAAUAAAUGAGGAGAAAAGUCA